GUUCAGUAGGCGAUUUAUUAUGAGACUGGCAGGUAGGUCCACAACUCAUUACCUAUAAAUAAUUAAUAUAUAAAAAACUAAAACAUGAAGAUGAGUCCUCGGAACUUGAAAAGAACAAAAAUAAUACUAAAAAGCUCUGGAAUACCAUCAAAACGAUAGCACACUCAAAAAAGUGUAAACAAGGUUCACAGGCUCUCACUCAAAUCAGAGACACCAUUACAGCCUCCCUUGACAAAUGCAACGAUUAUUUUUCAGGCGUGGGAAAAUGUCUAGCAAACAACAUUAUUACAGUCACUAACAGCACUGAGGAGCACCUUGCCUCUAAAGUUGAUCUUGGGAGAGGCCCUUCGCUUCUUACGCCUACUGUUGAAGCAGAGGUAGAGUUUAUAAUAAAUGGCUUGAAACUGAAUAAAGCCCCGGGGGUAGACGGGAUCACAAACAAGUUCGUAAAAGCAGUCAAAGACCAUAUCGUAAUGCCACUGACCUUUAUUUUUAACCUAAGUUUCUCAACUGGAAGAUUUCCAAAUAAAUGGAAAGAAGCGGCAGUAAUUCCGAUGCACACAGCGGGAGACGAAUUGGACCCUAGCAAUUAUCACCCAAUAUCCUUACUGCGGGUUUUCUCCAAAAUACUGGAAAAGCUGGUAAGCAAGCGCCUAGUCAGUUUCAUGGAAAAGAACAGUAUCUUCUCGGAGUCUCAAUACGGAUUCCGCGCAAACAAGUCGACUGAGGAGGCGGUGGCACAUAUGACUAAUCUAAUUUCCCAACACUUGGAUGUUAAUAAGGCCUGUAUUGGUGUGUUUUUGGACCUGGCCAAGGCAUUUGACACUAUGUCCAUUCCUAUACUUUUGAGAAAAAUGGAACUUAGCGGUACCAGAGGAAUUGCACUAGACUGGUUUCGAAGCUACCUCUCAGAACGGACUCAACGGGUUUCUAUCGAACAGAACAUAAUCCUUCACCAAUAAGCUACAGUGUCCCCCAGGGCAGCAUACUAGGACCGACACUGUUUAUUAUGUAUAUAAAUGACUUAGCUAAUGCCACCCUCCCAAACGCAAAUAUUUUCUGCUACGCUGACGAUAUGGCCAUCAUAUUCCAUGGGAAAACAUGGGAGCAGACAUUCACCUCGGCGGAAAGUGGACUAAGAAGGGUUUCAGGAUGGCUUCACGACAACCUCUUGACUCUUGAUCUGUCAAAAACAAAGUACAUUUGUUUUCACUAAACAAAAGCCUCGGCUCCUGCUCACUGUCCUGCAAUUAAAAUACAUAGCUGCGUUAACCUCGACUAACAGUGACUACCAUGUUCGUGUGAAGGUAUCAGUAGAACUCUCCAUAUCAGAUACCUCGAUGUGAUCGUGGAUGAAAAACUAGAUUUUCGAGAGCACGUCAAUACAACAGCAAACCGGGUCCGAAAGUUAAUUUAUGUAUUUAGAAACUUACGUAAUGCAGCAGGGAUCGAUUUAUUGAGAUCAGUAUAUAUAAGCAUAUGUCAAUCCGUGUUGACCCGUCUGUAUUUCCACCUGGGGGAGAGCUGCAAAAACUAACAUGAUAACCCUUGAAAGAGCUCAAAGAGCAGUUCUGAAGACCAUUCUGAAAAAAGGAAUUCGGUAUCUAACUACUGAUUUAUACGGAGAUAUGAACGUCCUCAACGUACGCGCUUUAUUCAUAAUGCGCGCAGUGCUCAAGACGCACACUGAAGUCCUGAGGUCACCCAAUUACUCCACACUGUUCGAGAAACGAAUCUUCAAAAUCCCCUUGCCACAGUCGGUAACAAUCUUUGCCUUCUGGCAAGUAACUAAACCUAAUAAGUUUGACUAAACCUUCUGGUUUAGUUCACAUCUUCACCCGUUUAUCUACAAUCAAGUGAGCAGCAAACUGGAAAUUAAAAACCUUACAACCAAGCAACUAAAAUCGAAGCUUCACGAACGGCUAAGCACUUUAACCUAAGUAACAAUGUAACCACUGGUUCUAACACACCAAACUUCUCUCUUUUUCACACACUCAUUCUUACACACACAGACACGUUCACAUUAAAUUACGCACAUAAGCAAUAAAGCUACAAUUAAAAUCACUAAUUAAAUAAGUGAUUGAGUAUGAGUAUGAAUAUGAGUUAAAUUUUAUUACUAAUGUCGACUCCAUAGCUCGCUAUUACUCUUACCAUGCGAUAAAAACUCCGAUGCCUACUGAUUACUUUGCCCCACAUGUGGAUAAAAUGCAACUUUGUUUCUCAUUAGUUUUUGAACAAUCAAGAGGGCCUUUACCAGUUGGUGUGGUGAAAAUGUUUUUUUCAUUUCUCAAGCUCUAAAAGUGGGUCAUUGCUGUUGUACAAGGUGUGCAGAAAGUGAUAUGUUUAUGCACUCUCUUCUUCUUAGUCGUAUACUCUUGUCAAGUAGUCGUGGUCAUUGCGGUCGUUGUACGGCUUUUUUCGCUGUUUCCCGCCAUGCUUCUCUAUUUAUUGCCUGCCGCGCGCACAGAUUCAGAGGUGAUCCGGUGAGAGCUUUCACUUGGUCGGUCCAUCGCAUUGAGGGCCGCAAUCUGGGUCUUGUGCCAUCCACUCUGCCCUGAACAACCAGCCUCUCCAUCGCGUCGUCUUCCCUGUUUAUGCACUAGAGUAUUUAAUUUACAUUCCAAGAACGUUAUUUUUGUUUUUUUACGUUGAGCAUUUAAAAUUUCAAGUUUCCAUUCUGAUAUUUAACUCCCCAUUCCAUAAAUAACGAUACUUUUACAUAAAUUGUUAAUUGUAAGUACCUAUAAGAAGUACUAAUAUGUAAGUUCAUACUUAGUCAUGUUUUUUCCAUACACAUGUAAUUUACUUUCCUCAUAUUCGAAAUGAAAAGUAGAGUGUUUAACUCGGGUGAAAGCACCCUUUCAGUCUCGUACAAUUUAACAAUUUACUAUUUUAUUAGCUGAUAUUAACCGUACUUAAACUGCUAGCUUUAGCUACCAUAUCAUGCAUUGCUGUUAACUUUGCAUCAGGCACAAAAAUAUCUUAAAACUUCGUUUAUACCUAAAUCUUACGUUUGUUUACCCUGCUGUAUCAUUUCAUUUACAUAUUUAGUAGUUUUACGUUAUAAGUGAUACUUAGAAUAGACAAAGUCGGCACACCAAUAACAGCCGUGGAGACGAGGUCUUACUUUAAAAGGCGUCCGUGUGAACCUAGCACAAGUUUGCCCCACAGAUAACGAAAAUAGUAACAAAAAAAUACGUGUAGCCGGUGACGCGCAAUCGGAAACACCCGGUGAAUUGCACAACAAUAGGUGCGAAAAUAAAAGAAUCAUUGAAUUUAGGGGAUUUAUGUGAUAAUCUAUAUGAUAAAGAAAAGGUGGUAAAAUGGCUCCCGUGAAAUUAGAAGGUCCUACAUUAGGACACAAACAUCGCAACUACAAUAAAAUUGUCCAAGACUCUACUGCGAACCAAGCAAGGGACGCCCUAGAAGACAUUAAUUUUAAAGAAGAUGAUGUAAACAACUUAGUCAAGGUCGAUAUCGCCAGCGCAAAUAGGAAUGUAGAUUACAUUCUGGGGAUUCUUAAAGGCAAUGACAUGUUGUACGCCUCACGUGCACUCACGCAAAGUUCUUGGCUUAUUACCGAUAACACUUACGCGCAUAUUAUAAAUCCGGAAUACUUACAUUCACAUUUCAUCCCGAACAUGAUGGCUAAAGCCGCUAAUAAAAUGAUGCUGCAUAUAAGGCUCAACUUACGAGACGAGAAACGUGUCGAAGAUUUCUUUAAUUACUACGAACCCUUCGACCUGAAAACUGCCCUCAAGUGGCUGCCACAUUGCUCUGUCGCAUUUAUGAAGAUCAAAGUAGAAAAAUAUUCUAAUGACAUGGAUCCAAAUCUACUGAAACGCCUUUGCGAAAAAUCACAUCAUAUAUUAGAAGUAUACGUCAGAAGUAUAAAGAAGUGGGGCUACAUUCGCAAAGUAUUUCAGGUGACAAUGUUUUUGUUAAACACGCAUUUAGAUUUUUACCUCGAUGUGAUAGAAACUCAAGCAAAAAGCAAAAGACAAGAAUUGCCUGUAUUUAAUGCAAAGUUAACUAAACUCUUAAUGAAGACAUGCCCUGAACGAAUUUAUCGAAACUUCUGUCAUUAUGCUAACAAUAUUCAUAUUCCAACAUUUGUUCAAUUCAUGGACGAGAAUAAAGUUAGAGAGUUUUUGCUAUCACAAGCAAAUACCCAAGAACCUAAUAAUACUUGGAUUGAUUUCGGCAAGGUGCAAUAUUUCCUUAAAAGAAUGCCACAAGAAGAUCGUAUACAUUUCAUUAGAAAUAUAUUUAUAAACAAAUGUUUUAAACAGGAAAAAGAUAUUGUAGAUAGUGAGUCCAAUAAUGGAGAGGAUGUGGAUGAACCCAAAGAUGAGGAGAAUACUGCAAUGCAACGAUUAUAUAAAUACGUCAGUCGCUGCAGUGAUACUAGUGAUUUGUUGAGCUGGUACAAGUGUUUGCCAUUUGACGUAGUCCUAACAGAGUUUAAAGACAAGAUAAAAAACACUACUGACGAUUAUGAUAGGAACUGCAUGUUCCGCCGACUAACUCGAGUCGUUGAUCGCGACUUGAGACAUUUGGAAACCUUAUUGCAAUAUUAUAAUGACAAUCAUCUAAAAGAUUCUAAAGAUAACAAAGUUGAAUUCGUUCAUAACUUACUUCACCGAUCCACCAACAUUCUCAGUUUUGACUCGAAGUGUUGGGAUCUUUUGUUGAACAUCUUAAAUGCUAUUAAUAUUAACAUUAAGGAGUCGGAAGACGAAGACUUUGAAGAUGAUGAUCAAGUCAUGCUAAGAGCAAUAAUUAUUUAUGAAGUGAUAAAUAAAAAGGAUGUGCCUGAAAAACUAAAAGAAAGAUUUGAAUUUUACACUUUUAAAGAAUACCAGAAAAAAAUUACCACACAAGAACAAACACUGUUAUUUGAUUUCUUGUACAAAUAUCUAUUGAAGAAACUUGACCAACAAAAAUUUGAUGAUCUUGCUUCGUUCGAUAAGAAUGUGGAGUUGAUUGAACUAUUGCUAAGAUUAUUAAAUGACUGGCAAAAAAAUCUAGCAGACUAUCCUUAUGUGUUGAAGAAAAUUAACGAACUAAUCAAAGUUAAACAAGACAACGCCAUAAAGACCAAACUAUCGUGGAUAUACGACGUAAACAAGAGGUGGAGAAAAUACAUGUUUGAAGAAUCUAUUCUUUUGUGCGAGUCUGACCGAGGAUGUGUCAAUGCGUUGAAACACGACCCAAGUUUACUCUCCCGAUACGAGAAUGUCGUAACAAGCAUGCGUUGUAACGACGCAGUUUCUUUGCGGCAACUUCUCACAAAGCUGAGGAUAUACUGGGCUGAUUCAAUUGCCUCUGAAUGGUCCCAAUCAUAUCGAGAGAGUCUUACUCAACCUCUUGGACAUAAAGCUUUAAUGCGAGGUUUGAGUUUCCUACUACCAGGACGGGAACUGUCCGUUAUUAUCAACGAAUAUAAACCGGAAGACGCUAAAAUAAACUGGGAAAAAAAUGACGAAGUCUUGGUGAGUGUGAGGAAACACAUUGCUAAAAAUAUGCAUUUUGCUCGACCUCAGCCGAAUCCUGACGAUAUUUUACUAUACGCUAAAGGAGAUUAUUUGCAAUUCGCUCUUCCGUCUCUUAACGCAAUUCUCUACAACUUAUGCGUUGUCCGCUUUAGCGAGUUAAUACCCAGGUUAUUAGACUCUCCAGUCUCAUUACAGAAACAUGGUAUCCGAUUUGCUUUUGCAAAAAUGCAAAGCGAAGAUCUACAGAUAAUUUUCAGUAACCAUUGGAAAACCAUUAAAAACUUAUCGAUUCGAGCGGUUACAUUUAAACUCACUUACGAAAUGCUGUGCAAAGAAAAAAAUCCAUCCAAAAUUGAAAAUAUUUGGAGUCUCUUGUCAGUUUUUAUUGACGCGCUUAGUUUCGAGGAAGACAAAACUAUAUACGAACUCCUAGGAAACGCCAGGAAAGUACCUCUUAGUGUUAGACCUGCCUUUGUGAUGAGAAGCUACAAGUUUACGAAAGCUUUGCUUCCAAAGUCGGACUUGGACAAAAAUAAAUACGAACAAACCCUUAACGCUUUAAUAUGCGAUAUGGAAAAUCUUAUAGACUCGAUGGAACAAGGGUUCAUAGCUGAGAUUCUACAAGAGUACUUUACUGCUGUCUAUACAAAAGAUAAGGUAGAUGGGUUUGUUCAUAAUAAUUUGAUGCCUUUGUUGGCCUCAUUCCUUUGUUGUUCUGAAAGUGUAGAAAUCCAAACACAAAGAUAUGAAGCAGUACUGUUGCCUUUACUGAGACAUUCGGUAUCUGUAUGGGCAACAAAAGAUAAAAAUGACGUCGUGAAAACUAAUCUUAAACAGCUACUGAACCUCUUGCGCCAAAAAAUAAGGCCUCUUGUAGAGAAAGAUAAGAUAGUGCCCGUCGCCAUGUUUGCCAAUAUUCAAAAAGAACUUGAGCAAACGUUGGAUCAAAACGUCGCGUAUCUCACGCUAAGAGAAUGGAAACUGACAGUUGCAUUUGCACAAGUUGUACACGAUAACAAAGUGAAGGUUGAUCGCAGCAAUUACAAAGAAGACACUGAAUAUUGGAACGCCAUCUGCAGGGAUGUAGCUCCACAAUUCGGUAAAAUAUGUCUAGACUUUCUGAGAGAGGACAUACAAGCAUUCUUUCCUAGCAUUGACGAAUACUAUACUAAGGCAUUGGGGGUUGUCUUUAACGAUCUCAUUCCAAAUCAAGAAAUUCGAUUACAAAUUUUGAGACACAUGCUAACGGAAGAGCUGACACAGUCUUAUUUAGUCUCUAUAAGGAUAUUACCAUCAUACUAUGUAGAUGGCAAUGACGACCCAUUACUGGAGUUUCACAAAACAAUUCUAUCUCACCCGUCCUUGGAGGUAAAAAUGCACUUUUACCAUAAAAAUAAACAUUAUAGACAUAAGAAUUUGUGACUAGGCGGGUCCACGCAGAGCGAGCCGUCCAGUGUCAGUGUUUCGGCAUGCUCAAAGGCGCCUCAGUCAUUUGCCGCGCGUCGUCGACGACCGAUAAUAAUUCGACGUACGUCAGCCAAAAAGAAAAUUAAUUAUAACUAGCUUAGAGUUGGUCAAAGGCGUAGUCUUUCAAUGAUAGCAUACAACAGAGAAUUUGGUACAGGGGGUCUACCGCGAAAACCGAAAUUCGCAAAAAGCCGGGUCCACACAGAGCCAGCAUACCCACGAGGCAACUUCCUCACGCACAAAACGGCCAGUGUAGACGUGCCUCGGCCGAGUCGGCGAGCUCGGGCGAGGAAAACGCACGCGCCGCCUCGGACCUGUGUGGACCCGCCUAUUGACGAACUUCGAUUUUCGCGGUUAUAGCCCAGGUAUACCGCCGUCGCCGGGUGUUCUGGUGGUCAGGGCGUUAGCCGCGUAAGCUGAAGACGCGGGUUCGAUUCCCCUCUCGGCCAACGGUGGACUUGGUCACUUUUUUCUUAAGUGUAUGAUAUCUAUUCAGUUUAUAAUCUAUUUAGAUACCGCUUAUUUAUUUAUGCGUAACAUAGGUAAUUGCAGCGCACUAACGAAUUCGCUUGCCCUGUGUGGACACGCCACCUACUUGCAUUGUUCGUAACUUUACUUUAUACCUAAUGCUGUUAAAGUAUUUUGCACAUAGCUUGGGUACGGUUACAGCUAUCAUAUCAAUACAAUUAAUACGUUUUGUAAUAAGAUUAUAAAUCUUAUAAUGUAGAUGACCGCUGUCACUGUACCCAUGCUAUGUGAAAAAUACUAUAGAGAACACACGUAUGUUCUCACAUUUUAAUGGAAAUAUGUAAAGGAUAUUGCUUAAUAAAAAAACAUGUUGGCAAACA